GGCUCAGAGGCCGCUAUAAGGUUUUCAACACCGCCCUCCGUAUACUGCAGACGUGAACUUGAAUGGAUUUAGAGGUUAAAGGCAUUGCUGCUUCUCCUACGAGUCAAACUCAGCCUUUCACUGGAAGAAACAAGCUGCUGCAACAAGGACAGACUUCCAGGUCAUGGGCAAUCCAGAAUGCUGGCCUACCUGUGGUUCCACGACUUGAUUUGGGAAGCCUCAUUGACUCUGACGAGGAGGAGCAAGACAUAAUUCCUGAAAACUUGCCAGCACCAACAAGCAAAUAUAAACUAAAAUAUCAGCAAUAUAAAACUGAAAUGAAAGAGGGAUAUGAACAGUAUAGUCAGAGAAAUGCAGAAAAGACAAAAUCAAAGAUCACACAACAGUGUCCAAGAAACAAGAUAGAUGACAAGUGUGUAAAAGGUGAAGAAGCCAUCGUGGAUGGUCUUACCACUCUGGAUAGGAAAGCCCUCUUACAGCAGGGUUAUGCAGACAUCCCUUACAAUGCACAAAGGAGUAUGAGAAAAUCUGAUGCUGAAAUUGUGGCUGCAGAGAGGAAGAAACAGACUGUUGCAGAGCAAGUGAUGGUAGACCACUUAUCUAGGGCUGUAAUCAGUGAUCCAGAACAAAACCUAACCGCUGAGGGACAAGAAAGUGCUCGUAUCUUUCCAGAUUCAAAGAUAGCACCUCUUCGAUUUAGGAAAAGAACACUACAUGAAACUAAGAUAAGAACCCAUUCUACAUUAACUGAAAAUAUGCUUUCUCAUAAAGUACAAUUUGAUGGUAGGAUCAUAUCAAGAAAUGGACGUGAUGCUUGCAGAGAGCUGGUUGGGUUCUUUUUUGCUCAUGACCAGUCCCUAACAAUUUAUGAAUAUCGGCAAUUUGGGAAAAACAGAACAAAUGUGCUUCCUUUUAUUCAAAAAAACAUUUAUAGUCAUCAGUGUGGACGAAGAAAAGGAAAACACUACCAACUUGGUGAUUUUUAUGUUGGUGCAAACUUGACAUUUUUGAGUUCUGAUCAUCCCAGACUUCCAGAAAGCAUAAAAGAAAACACAUUACUUAUACUUCGGAUCACUAAUAUUGAUCAGAUAGCUUUGGAUUCUCUCAAAUCAACUUCAAUUUUUCCUACGAGAGAAUUGAUACAUUUGUGUAUAGGAACAAUUGGUUUCCAUUUCUCUUCUUCCUAAACAGAUGCGCUAAAAGAACAGCUACACAAAAGGGGUGUUCGUAUUUUGACUGGAUUGGGAAAAUAUCUUCAACAAUUGGACAAGGAAGGAACUGGACUUUUAGAUAAGGCAGAUCUUAAGCAAACUCUACAAGUGUUUCACUUAGAACUGUCUGAAAAUGAUUUUGAGUCUGUGUGGCAAAUUCUGAACGGCAAUGGCAGUGGCAAGGUUGAUUAUGGAGAAUUCAAACGUGCCAUUAUUGGUGAAAUGAAUGAAUACAGGAAAUCGUUUGUUCGAAAGGCCUUCAUGAAAUUGGAUUUCAACAAAACUGGCUGUGUGCCUAUUAUAGACAUAAGAAAAUGUUACUGUGCAAAGAAGCAUCCUCAAGUAAUUUCAGGCCUUUCCACAGAGGAAGAAAUCAAUUUAUCUUUUCUAGAAACAUUAAAAGAUGCCUGCAGCAAGUCGGAUGAAGUGUCCUAUGGGGAAUUUGAAGAUUACUAUGAAGGUCUAAGUAUAGGGAUAGUAAAUGAUGAAGAUUUUGUUAAUAUUGUACGUACUCCGUGGGGGAUUUAAUUUUUUUAGAAUGAGUGUGUCUUCAGCACUAAGCAUUCUAAAGGAGAGAUGAAUUGAAUGUAAAAUAUGGUCAAACCCUGGAAUAUAUUUUUCUAGGACUUCUUUUUUUUUUUUUUUCUCAAACAGAUUGAGUCUGGAAGGAGAAAUCAGAAAGAGAGCUGAAGGGGUAUAUGUCUAGUCGUGAGCAUCUCUGUGUGCUUGCCUGUCUUCUAAGUGUCUAAAGCUCUAUCUUGUUGAUUCAUUACUUAUCUUGAAUAUAUUUUAAAGGUCAUUUUUUAAAUUAGCCUUCAUAGGAAAUUUACAUCUGUAUCAAACUAUAUGAGAGCUUCUAUAUAGUAACCAAGUUACUCAUCCAUUGUUUUUUAGCUAUCCAUUCUCAAAAAUAUGAUUGCCACCCAUUCUCAAUUUGAAGAACUGGAAUUGGGCCCAAAAGCCUGUAAGACUUCAAAUAGUUCAGCUUGCUUCAAACAUAUGAAAAUGUUAAAGGAAUUAGAGGAUAUGCAAGAGAAAUUUUCCAUGCAGUGUAGAUGUUUUCUGUAACAUAAAUAUUUAGAAUGAUGGAGGCUUACCCUUAAAAUGCUUACUUAAACACUGGCUUGUCUUGUGGAUUCUUCUAAAUUAUGUGCUGUUGUUUGUCCAGUAGAGCACAAUGUAAUUAUUCAAGUGAUCAGAUCUGUUUGAUCUUUUAUCCUAUUUUUAACUGCAAUCCUUGUUACCUACACAGAAUUACUGUUUAGCUAGAAACAAUACAAAAUGGGAGGGAGAAUAUUUUCUUAGAUUUUUAAAUAAAGAUCUCAAAAAGUGCAUUAUCCCAUGUAUGGACUAAGGGAUAAUUUAGGAAUUCUUAACAAAAUGUAAAAGGAUGUUUGUGUCCUAAAAUGAACGUAUGUUAUUCUAAACAUUUCUUUUUGUUAUGCUAAACAAUGAAAACAUUUUCUUCUAAAUAGAUAUUAUUUAAUGGUUAGAUAUAUUGUAAUUGUCCUUUCUAUUCUUAUGUUGUUAGGUCAUAUUUUCUUGUGAAUAUAAUCAGAAAAUCUAUAGGCUGUCAUCUUGUGAAAAAAGGGAAGAUUCUUCUGGGAUUUAACAUGUUAAUGUCACAGCGUACUCUUAAAUAAGCCUCCACCCUUUUAAUAUAAAUAAUCAUCUGUGUUUGCAAAAAAUUUCUCUACUUAGGAGCU